AUGUACCAGCAGGCAAGCAAUAACUCGGGCUUUUUUUACCAGCAGCAGCAGCAGCAGCAGCAGCAGCAGCAGCAACAGCAGCAACAACAGCAACAACAGCAACAGCAACAGCAACAGCAGCAACAGCAGCAGCAGCCAGCUGGUUACCCGAAGCAGCCUUUCCCAGUUCAUUUUCAACAACAACAACUUCAAUCAAUGCCGGUUGGCUCUCAAGUCACUGGUCAAAUGAGUAGAACUACUGCAGCCCCUCCUCCAUUUUUGCAGGUACCAUCUCCUAGCCAGACUGCCUUUUUGACCAACCAGCGCAUUGCUCAAGGUUACACUCAACCCAUGUACUACACACCUCAACAGCUCCAUGAGCAACAAAUGCUAAUCCAACAACAGCAACAACAACAACAACAACAACAACAACAACAACAACAACAGCAGCAGCAGCAGCAGCAGCAACAACAACAACAGCACUAUCAAUAUCAAUAUCAGCAACAACAACACCAGCAACAACAACAGCUUAUAAAACAGCAGCAACAAGCUCAGGCUCAAGCUCAAGCUCAAGCUCAAGCACAGGCUCAAGCACAGGCCCAAGCACAGGCCCAAGCACAGGCUCAAGCACAGGCUCAAGCUCAGGCUCAAGCACAGGCUCAAGCACAAGCUCAAGCACAAGCUCAGGCUCAAGCUCAGGCUCAGGCUCAAGCUCAGGCUCAGGCUCAGGCCCAGGCUCAAGCCCAAGCUCUUGCUGUUCAACAGCAGCAGCAACAACAGCAAAUUGACAGUGAUUAUGUUGUCAUGGAAAGACACCCUGAACAAUUUUCACGCGCCACACAGGAAAAGGCAAAUGCUGUUAAAGCGAAAAUUGAACAUUUUUUCCAGAUGAACGUGGCUCAUGCUGUUGAGCGAAACCAGCGUCGUGUCAUGACAGAGCAAAGUUUGGCUAAGGAGCGCAGCUCUGAUGAACGCAAAAAUAGAACCCUUGCAUCUCUCGGAAAGAAAGAGUCUAACUUUUUACGCCUGCGUCGUACCAAGCUCUCCCUUGAGGACUUUAUCACUGUCAAGGUCAUUGGUAAGGGUGCUUUUGGUGAAGUCCGACUUGUACAGAAGCGUGACACGGGCAAAAUUUACGCCAUGAAGACACUUCUCAAAUCAGAAAUGUACCAAAAAGACCAGCUUGCUCACGUCAAGGCUGAACGUGAUGUUUUGGCAGGUGCUGAUUCUCCCUGGGUUGUCGCACUUUAUUAUUCGUUUCAAGAUGCUCAGUAUCUCUACCUCAUUAUGGAGUUUUUGCCUGGUGGUGAUCUCAUGACUAUGCUCAUUAAAUAUGACGUUUUUUCUGAAGACAUUACUCGUUUUUACAUUGCCGAAUGUGUUCUGGCUAUUGAAGCUAUCCAUAAACUUGGUUUUAUCCAUCGUGAUAUCAAACCGGACAAUAUUCUUAUUGAUAAGACUGGCCAUAUCAAACUUUCUGAUUUCGGUCUUUCCACAGGUCUUCAAAAGCAGCAUGACAGUAACUACUACAGAAAGCUUCUCGACAAGAAUGGAACCUCAAAUGGGUCUUCUCGCAACAGUAUGAUGGUUGAUCCCAUCCACCUGACAAUUACUAACCGCCAACAAAUUGCUACUUGGCGCAAGUCCCGUCGUCUUAUGGCGUAUUCUACCGUUGGUACACCUGAUUACAUUGCCCCUGAAAUUUUCAUUCAUCAAGGUUAUUCUCAGGAGUGUGAUUGGUGGUCUCUCGGUGCAAUUAUGUUUGAGUGUCUUGUUGGCUGGCCACCAUUUUGCUCUGAAACUCCUCAGGAAACUUAUCAAAAGAUUCUCAAUUGGCAAGAGUCACUUGUCUUCCCAGACGACAUUCAUUUGUCUUAUGAGUCUGAAGACCUGAUUAAACAGUUUUUAACUUCUGCGGAUCGCCGCAUUGGUCGUACUCGUGGUGCUGCUGAAAUUAAAGAACACCCCUUUUUCCGUGGCGUUGAUUGGGACUCUAUUCGUCAAUUUAAUGCACCCUUUGUUCCUAAGCUUUCUUCAAUCACUGAUACGUCUUACUUUGCCAACGAAGAACUUGACCAAAUUCCUGACGGCCCGCCACCUCGUGAUGAUGGCGGCGCAGGUAAUGCCCAAGGAGGUGAUCAGACUGAUCGUGUUGAUCUUCCAUUUAUCGGCUACACGUAUUCGCGCUUCGACUACCUCACACGCAAAAAUGCUCUGUGA